UGAAAGUGUGUUUUUUUCAGAGGCCAUUUUGUGCCUAAAGGACUCCAUCGCGUUAUCAAAGUACCAGAAAGAUAUCUGUGGAAUAAACUGCAGAUCAUUUUGUGGAUGGGUGUGUAAGAGAUCAGACUCAUCUGAUCCACCUUUGCAGCUCCAAUAUGGAUGACGCACAGACAUCCAGUGAUGGAGACUUUUGUCCAGGAAUCAGUUCAGUCCAGCAGAAGAGAACAGGAUCAGCAGAGCCCAGCUGUGUGUCUAUGAGGAGCGAUCAGUCUAUGAAUCCACCACUGUUUUUUAAUGAUGGAAACACAUUACCUGGCUGCAAGUCCAAUAUUUCUGCAAACACAUGUUCAGUCAAGCCUAUGAGAACAGAAUCAGCAGAGCCCAGCUGUGUGUCAAUGAAGAGUGAUCAGUCUAUGAACCCACCACUGUUUUUUAAUGAUGGAAACACAUCAUCUAGCAGCAGAAAGAGAAAACACUGCAUGAAGAUGAAUCUACCAAAACCCAGCCAUGUUCCUGUGAAGAGGGACUGUUCAGUGGAUCAGCCAAUACUUUCCACUGGUGGAAACGCUGCCUGCUGUGUUGUCGUAGCACAUCCACACAGGAGAACAGAUACAUCAACUGUUUUCAGCCAUGAAGUCCUCAACACGUUUAAAUCAAAUCUGAAGAAUAAGUUUCAGUGCCUUUAUGAGGGAACAGCGCCGCAGGGAAACCCAACACUCCUGAAUGAGAUCUACACAGAGCUCUACAUCACAGAGAGUGAGAGUGGAGAGAUCAGUAAUGAGCAUGAGGUGAGACAGAUUGAGACACAAUCCAGGAGAGCAGCAACAGAGGACACACCGAUCAAAUGUAGUGACAUCUUUAGAGCUUUACCUGGACAAGACAAACCCAUCAGAACUGUGCUGACAAAGGGAGUCGCUGGCAUUGGAAAAACAGUCUCUGUGCAGAAGUUCAUCCUGGAAUGGGCUGGGAAAGAGAAUCAGGACGUCCAGCUCAUAUUUCCACUUCCUUUCAGAGAGAUCAAUCUGAUGAAGGACAAAACACUCAGUCUUUCAGAUCUUCUUCAUGUCUUUUCCCCUGAAACAAAAGAAAUGGAAAUAUCCAGUAACAAAUAUAAAGUGUUGUUCAUCUUUGAUGGUCUAGACGAGUGUCGUCUGUCUCUGGAUUUUCAGAGCGAUGUGAGGUUGUGUGAUGUUAGUGAAUCAGCCUCAGUGGAUGUGCUGCUGACGAACCUCAUUGUGGGGAAUCUGCUUCCCUCUGCUCUCAUCUGGAUCACCUCCAGACCAGCAGCAGCUGAUCUCGUCCCCUCUGAGUGUGUCCAUCGAGUGACAGAGGUAUGAGGCUUCAAUGAUCCACAGAAGGAGGAAUACUUCAGGAAGAGAAUCAGUGAUCAGAGUCUGGCCGAUAGAAUCAUCUCACACCUGAAGUCAUCAAGGAGCCUCUUCAUCAUGUGCCACAUCCCAUUAUUCUGCUGGAUCUCAGCCGCUGUUCUGAAGAAGAUGUUGAGUCGAGCAGAGAGUGGAGAGAUUCCCAAGACUCUCACUCAGAUGUACACACACUUCCUGCUCCUUCAGACCAACAUCAAACAUGAGAAGGACUAUGAGAAGAAGGUGACAGAUGAAGACAUGAUCCUCAAACUGGGGAAACUUGCAUACAAACAACUGGAAAAAGGCAAUGUGAUCUUCUAUGAGGAAGACCUGAGAGAGUGUGGCAUUGAUGUGACAGAAGCAUCAGUGUACUCAGGAUUGUGCUCUCAGAUCUUCAGAGAGGAGUUGGGCUUGUAUCAGGGGAAAGUCUUCUGCUUUGUUCAUCUGAGCGUUCAGGAACAUCUAGCAGCUCUAUAUGUGCACCUCUCCUAUAAAAACAACCGCUCACAGUUUUUCUCUUGUCUGUCCUCUGAAUUGUCAUUGUUUUUCACAUACAAUUUAUCUGAUGUACAUCAGAGAGCUGUGGAUGAGGCUCUACAGAGUAAAAAUGGACAUCUGGAUCUUUUCCUGCGGUUUCUUCUGGGUCUGUCAGUGAAUGCUAAUCAGAGUAUUCUGCAAAGACUCAUGAAACAGACAAGAAGCAGCUCUGACAGAAAUGAGAAAACAGUUGAGUACAUCAAGGAAAAGAUCAGGACCAUUAACUCUACAGAGAAAUCCAUCAAUCUGUUCCACUGUCUGAAUGAACUGGGUGAUCAUUCACUAGUGGAGGAAAUGCAACAUUAUCUGAGAUCUGGAAGAAUAAGUGAAGCCAAACUCUCUUCAUCUCAGUGGUCAGCUGUAGCUUUUGUGUUGUUGACAUCAGAGAAGAAGCAGGAUAAAUUUAGGUUGAAGGAGUUUGUUGGAGCAAAUAAAGCUGAUCUCAUUCUUCAGAAGCUGCUGCCUGUGAUUAAAGAAUCCAGAAAAGCUGAAUUGAGUUACUGUGGUGUCACAGAUGAAGGUUGUGCUGUUCUGGCUUCAGCUCUGAGAUCAAACCCCUCACAUCUGAGAGAACUGGAUCUGACUGGGAAUAACCUUCACGAUUCAGGCAUGAAGCUAAUCUCUGCUGCACUGGCAAAUCAUCACUGUAAACUGGAGAUACUGAGGUUGUGUAAUUGUGGUCUCAGAUAUGAAGGUUGUGCUGCUCUGGCUUCAGCUCUGAUAUCAAACCCUGAACACCUGAGAGAACUGGAUCUGUCUGGGAAUAAUGUAGGAGAAUCAGGAUUGAAUUUAUUCACUGCUCUAAAGAAUUCUCCACAUUAUAAACUGGAGACACUGCAGAUUUCCAGUUUCCCGCUACGACUACCUUUUAUAGAUGGGGCCCAGCAACCUUUUUUACCAUUUCACAACUUGCAGGGAAAUUUGCACUCCAACAAUCCCCUUGAAUACUUCUCCUCUGAUUCCUUUAUGGACUUUUAUCCCCUUAUACAUUAAUGAAUGUAGUAAGAUUAAUAAGAAAGUCUUUCUUUAGAUUUCAUAAAAUAUAAAUUACUAAUGACUGUCUGAUUAUACUGUACUACUCUUACAUUUUAUUGAAAAUUGAAAAAUGCUAUAACAAAUAAAAUACAUUUCUGACUACA